AUGUUGUCAACGAAGAGGAAGUAUUCGUGUCCAGCGUUUACUCCAGCAACUCCGUCUACCUCCUCAUCAUCUGCUAUCGGGCGCAACGAUGAUUCUAGGGGGAAAAGAAGCGCGUUCAGCAGUUGCAGCAGCGUGCGCCUUGAUGUAGCGCUACCACCCGCAGCUCCGAACGCGAUCGGAGCAAUAUCGCCAGAAGGAGGAACAAGUCCGACAAGCAGGUGGCGAAUAGAAAGGACGCGAACUACGCGUCUUCGCGCAGCGAUGAAAGUGGGUACGAGGAAAGAGAUAGUACGGAAUCACGUGCGCCUACGUAGAUGUGCAGAACUGCGGUUUGCGACGUUGGGCCUUCUCGGUGCACCAGCAUCAAUGGCUUACAGCUCUCAGAUGCUGCGAACAGAUGCGGAUUUACGGUCUGCUGAAGUCGCAUACUCUGGGCCACGGAGGACAUCAAUGGGCGGUGAGGAUAGAUCAGAGGAGAUGCUUGAGGACUCGGAUUACUUAUCUCGAGUUGGAGAGCCCGAGAGGACGACAAAGCGGGAUGCGUGGUCGGAUGAUCGAGAACAAGCGAGCGACGUGGCACCACCAGCGUCGACAGUCUAUAAUUCUAAAAGUGGACGAACGAGGCGUGAUGAUGGGCCUACCACAGCUUCAACAAUGAGAAGAGAAGGUCGUGACUCUGGGACGGCAAAUCCGAGUUCGUUUGUAGAAGUUGUAGGAGACAGGUUCGGACCACAACGCGGAGGUGGGCCCUCAUACUAUGCAGGCCCUGUGUCAAUGACGCAAGUGCAGACGGAGACGGACGCUGCUUUGGGUGGUUUGGAUCACACCAGUGACAUCGGCGCGUACUUUGCUCUUUCUGUUGAUUUUGAUAAUAGCACGAAUGUUGGGUCGUAACGACUCCCAUCUUUUAAGUGCAACACAUGAUAAAGAAUCGAAAUGCUAAAAUAAAAUAUGGAUAAAAUAUGAAUUUUUCCUGCUACAACGAAAUACAGAACCGUCGAACCGUUCAGCGGUGCACCGACGUGCAUUUUGGCGCCACAAGACCCGUAUUCCUGUGCUUUCACAGAGGCAGAGCAAGCAUUGGUUUCGUAUCAUCUCGAAAGGCGGGCCAUGGUUGCUUUCAUGAUGCUGCUCGGUAUUUUUUCCUUUGAAUUUGAUGCUUUUCAAAAUAAUUAUCUUCUAUCUACUUGUCGUACUUGUUGUAGCUCGUGUAUGGCUGUAGAAAUUCAAGACUAUCAAUCUACAAUGUCUAGAUGAUAUGGAUAGAUCGACUCGGCCACUUAUGAUGCGCCAACAUGCUUUUUAGUCCUAUGCGCGACUUCUCUGUCACAUGCAUCUUGUACAGGUCUCGCUCUCGUCGUGUGGGCGGCGAAAAGCAUUUUCGAAUCCGUCCAACGACAGUUCCGGAAUAUCCGGUAUAUCAACGUGAUGUUUUUGAAGGGCAUCGAGCAGAUGACGAUUUUGGGUUUCGUCUCGGCUUUGCUCUUUCUGUUUUCCUCCGUGUCGCUAGAGCGAAGACUAGAUAGGUACUUUUUCCCAGAAAAGGACCAUACGAAGUGGGACCUGACACGAUAUGCAUCGAACGACAUCCGAGAAGGACUCAUAGCUCCGGAGUUCAGCACGAUGUUGCGAGACCUGAUUGUCUUCCUCACCGUCUUAAUUUUCAUCUACAUCGGCUGCCUCACCAUGAUCGGGCUGCACGUAUUAUUUGAUACUGUCUCAAAUCGAUACUGCUUGGUUACUCGACAAUCAACAUUGAAGUUGUAUUUGAAAUGUAAAAACUACUCUAUCACGACCUUUCCUCCAGCCGUCUUCACAAUCAUGAUACUUCUUGACGCAAUCUAAAAAACCAGCUAACAUUUCGCUUCCGUAAGUGGCACCGAUUCGAAUGCGAGGCGGAAAAUGAAGUGCAUGUAGACGAUAAUCCGGUUGAGAAGGUCUCCUUCUUGCUAUGGCGCAGAUCAAUGGUCACACCGAUGUUGGGGCAUCGGCCAGAGGAGCUCAACUGUUUGCGGAAUCCCCUACAAGAAUUCUCUUUUGUCCACUACUUGCAGGAAGUGCUGGCGCAGUAUAUGGUAUUAAAUAGUUGACAAGAAAUCGAAAUUACAACACUUCCUUGUUUUGGUCUUUUGAGUUGUAACUUUAGACGAAAUGGAAAUUACUACUAAUUUGUGCUAGAUCUUCGGCUUGUUGAAAUAGUCUUUGUCUUUAUAUAUAGUUUUCUGAAUGAUGAGCAUUCGAAUUACAUUUUUGAUUCACAUUCUUUUCACUCUGUUUUCACAGCAAAGCCUGUUUCGAAUUCCCACGUGGGGUCUCGGUCUGCUAAUCUUUAUCUCGGCCGUGGACUGCUUCUUAGAAAUGGAGACGAUUAGCCGGACCCAUCAUGCUGCACUUAUAGGCUUGUCUACGUGUACGUGGUCGUGGGUUUUGCUGGCGGUUUUGGCUGUUUUCUACAUUCAUCUCCAGCGCAUAGUGCAGAUGCUCACGCCGCCACCAGCUGCAAUGCUUUUUAUGGCGCGGGAAUUUGAAAAGUCUCUAGUGAACAGUAGAGGUGAGUCCAUGUAAUUGUAAUCCUAAUCCUAUGUCUUGUGGAUUAGAGAAGUUUCUUGCCGAUGACUCAGUUAGACACAAAAGGUCCAGAGCAGCUCUCUGUCCUGUUAUCUCUAGGUUGCACCUGCACGAUCCUGCUAAUAUCCGGCACCUGGACCCAACGACAACAGGCCGUCUUCCACACCGACACCUAUUACCACCAUUCAGGCUUGUUCCGUACUUAAAGGAGGCGCCCAAGAAAACUAAGUUUUUCUAUUGGUGGUAUGGAACAUUUUCGCCUAACCAGCAGGAACAGUUAUUCUUCAGAUGGCGGAAAGGUAAUAGUUGUUUCUUUUGACUCUAAAAUUUGAACCCUUGUUGUCAUUGGUUACUUAAUAUUGGUUUUUAUGAUCAGGCACUUCAACUUCGAGAUCGAGAAGAACAAAGCAUUGAUCAGUCAAAGAAAUGAAAGCCUUUGAGCUUCGUACAUCGAGACACCUCAACAACACGAGUACCUUCGCAUCAACUACCUCCAGGUCCCAGCACUAUUUUGCAAGUUUUGCAGAUAGCCAUUUUUCUCUAUGCUGCGUUUAUUGGAGUGCUCUUGCGGUCGUUUUCUUUUGUAGCGAACUACGAGCAGGGCUCUCUUUGGUACAGCAUCGUCGGUUGGACAGCUGCCGCAAUCGCCGUAUUCUACAUCAUUCCCGAGUGCGUCUUACUGUUGCUCAUAUCCAGUACGAUCCACCUGAUGCCGAAUAAGCGGGCGAUUCACGCCGUGGUCAAGGAACACUCACAGGAGCACCAUAAUCUGUCUACACAGCUUUUGGAGAUGGCGCAGAUCGCGGCGAUGAAGGAGCGACUCGAAAACCCAGAUUUAGUGGAAGAAUUCCAUGAGUACAACCCUUACUUUCUAUCGCAACAGUUGUAUGUACCUUCUACAUGUACCAAGAACACAUCCCGUGGUUGAAGACUGUGCGUUGCUCCUCGCCUGCGCUGUGUACGUUGUUGUCGUCCUCUUUCUAGCCACUGUAUGACAAUACACCGAACAGUGUUUUGCUACUGGAUAGUCAACGAUGGAAUGCCCUAACUGUGUUUCAUUCGAUCUCAGGUAUCUCGAGGACUUGUAUGAGGUGAUUUUUUCGCAGGAUCAGAAGGAUUUAUUUGAAGCGGGAUGGAAAAUCCAUAAUUGGUCGGCUUCUAGGGGCAUGAAUCCAACAGAAUUGAAGGAAUGUAUGGAGCACCUGGGCUUCGAUGAUAGCGAAAUCGUAAUUGGCGAGUGGUGGCUGGUCUUCGACUCAACUGGCGAAGGCUGCCUACAUCACGAUGAUUUCAAUUAUGCUCGUGUCUGCUUGAAUAAAGGCUACCGCUCGUGUUUGUACUAUACUAGUUUCUGCUACCGAAGUUGCUAGUACCAUUGCAAAAUGUAUUGUAUCAAGGAUUACUCAAGAUUAUAGUGCCUCUAAUUUGUGCGCAUGCUGACAGCGAGACACGUGAUCAAGUACGGGCAGAUCUCCAAGGAUGACUUGGUGUCGCUGUUUGAGGUGCAUCCCAAUGGUGAGCACGUGGACGAGUACACAAGGGAGAAGUUGUCUGAGUAUUUGGUCUCGUUUCGCAUCGAGGAGCCACGGCUCGGCGCAUUAAUCUUAGUGCGAGAAGCGCGGUUCCUCGCUGAUGAGCGAGCGGGCAUGGUGGACCACGAGAUAAUAUCCCGCAUGGCUGCAAAUUUCGAGGCUAUAACUGUCACACCGGAAGAUUAUGGCUUGUCAAAGUUUCUCAAUGAUUUGUUGAUGUGACUACGUGAUUUGACUUAUGAGGAAAAAUAGUUCAGUACUACUUCUACUAGAAUUUUUUUUAGAAGAAUAGAUUACAGGAAGAUCUCCCCAUCUCGUUCCUGCUCAGCAUAUUAUUCAUUGUGAGAACAAGAGCAACGUAUUAGCGAGAACAAGAGCAACGUAUUAGCUAGUGUACCCCCUUCUGGUUCUAAGCAGAGCUCGCGGAAUUCCUGUACAUGAAACAGAACUUCCGAACGCGCUUCGAUGGAUCCUUCAUCGACCAUAUGCGGGACCUGCGUGCUGCAGAGAGGGAACGAAGUCUCGCGGGUGGCAUCGGUACUAGCGAAAGGGACAGCGAACAAUCAGAUAUGGCACUUGGCGGUGACAAGUUAAUAUCUACAUCUUCUGUAAUGCUAAUGAUGUACUAGUAUGUAUAGAAAAUAUGCUCAAGUUUGCGUGUGCUGUUUCAACGCUUCGGUAGUACUAGAUAUACAAGUAAGACACAGUAGAGGACGAACUCUAAGCAGGGAGGACGUGGGAGCACUAUGCAGUCAACAGAGGGAGGACGCGGAAGAAGCACAGCAAGAGAUUUUGGUAGUGGUGCAGUAGGCGGUGGAGAGGCAGCACGAGAGCGAUUACUUCCUCCAUAACGAUAGGGUCUAGUGGAAUGGCGCCACAAGUAGACAGAGCCAGAGGAGGUGUGCUUUUUCCUAGCAGCGCGGAUACGUGAAAUUCCAAGAAAAAAUUGAAACUUUAGUUCAUUUUCAAUCUCUCUUUUAUUCUUCAAUUUCAAGCCAUAAUGUCAUCCUAAAAUGAACCCGCUAUAUUAUCGAAUCGUUUGUUUACAGUGCGCUCUUUUCGGAGACGAAUGAGUGAGCGGACUGGCUUUCCACCUAGCUGAGCUAACCAAGCAAAGUUUCAGGUUUUCUUACAUUUCGUUUGUUUAGUCAUUUGUUGUAUAAUCUUAUGCGGUCAACCUCAACGCGAAGAUCUUAUGGGGCUUUCGAUAGUAACAAUUGUACAGACGAACUGAACAGAACUUCUAUUUUUGAUGCAAUGAACCUCACACCAAGAGCAAGAAGAGCGGAUUGAGUCUUGCCGACAAGAAAACUGUGCAUAUUACAAAGGUAUCGGCCCAUGUAGUAAUCAAUGAUUAUGACACGUGUGAGGCUAUGCGCUUUUCCCCGGCCAGUACUUGGAAGUAGAUGUUUCAUCUAUCUUGAUCUUGAUGUGCAUAGACUAGGACUACUCUCAUUUUACUGGAACUAGUGUUAAUGAGAAACGCAAAUGGAAAAGAGUCAAAUUUCUUGAGAUGUCCAUGUCUGUGGCCACGACCGUACGGGUCACCUGCUAUAGCUACACUCGAGCCGCGUGGGUAUCUCAACGAGAACUCGUGCACGCGCUUUUUUAUGGCAAGAUGUAGAAGAUAGAGUAUUGCUGCAGUAUUUCCAGCCAGUGUGUGCC